AUGUAAAAUGACUGGAGUUUAUAAUAUGCCAGGUGAAUUCAUUGCACUAUAUAAAUGUUGACAUCAAUAAUAAUAUUCAUGAUAAAGAACUUGAGGAAAAAAGUGGAGAUAUAAUUUCUUAUGUACUAAGCAAAUAUUCACAUGAUGCAGAAACAUUUGCAAGUUAAUGAUAAAAAUCAGUCUGGAGCAGAUUUGGCAACCAAAUAACACAGAUGAGGUUUGCAUUUUUUUCAUUUUGGAACAAACAUACCAGGUAGUGGCUUUGAGAAGGCUUCAUACUGAGAUAAGCAUUGGAGCAACUGACAAGAAGAAGAAACAGUCAGGAUGAUCUGGAGUCUCUUGUUCAUGUCUCUGAUCAUUGUGUCAAACACACAGAACCUGAUAAAAGUCGAGAAAACGUCUCAGUCUUCAAGCUAUACAGUUGGUUCUGUUACUUACUCUUCUGAAAGAGCCGUUGAUGGGAUCUGGACACAAUGUGCUGAUACAAAUGGGAGCAACACCAACUGGUGGAGCGCUGACCUGCUGGGCCUGUAUGAAAUUUAUAAUAUCAUGAUCUACAUCAUUUAUCAAAAUAACAUUAAUAUGGAGGGAGCUCAGAUUGCCAUUGGGAACUCAUCUGAGAAGACGAUCAGCACCAGCAACCUGUGUAAAACCAUCACAAACUUCACAUUUAACCAAAACAACACUUUUCAGUGUGACGGUGGAUCAAUGUGGGGACGCUAUGUUACCAUAUAUUUACAGACACGCAUUCUUAUUCUGUGUGAGGUGCAGAUCUACGGAAUAAGGAGAGGUUUGAUGCUGAUUCCAGAGAACAGGACAUGGUUAGAUGCACUGAUCUACUGCAGAGACCACAACAUGGACCUGGCUUAUAUCCAUGACAAUGAGACCCAGGUCUGGGCUGAGUUGGAGCUACAGAACUCCACCAGUCCCUUUGUGUGGCUGGGCCUUCGUUACACCUACACACUGGGGUCAUGGGUUUGGGUAGAUGAUCAUCCUGUACAGAAAUGA